UUCCCAUCCCGGCUGCCGGAGGAGGGCGGGGAGCGGGGAGGGCGCGCAGGGUGCGCGCAGCCAGGGCGACGCGCGCAGGGUGCGCGCAGCCACGGGGCGGCCCCGCAGCGCCUCCCGGCUCUGCUAAACCGAGCCCCGGCAACAAAACCCCCUCCUUUAACCCCCCCUCACCAUCCCCGAUCCCUUCCUGCCCUCCCCGGGAUGUAGCAGGGCAGGGAGCUUUCCCCCCCCCGACCCCCGGCCCCGGCGCUCCAUGCCCCCGCAGUGAGCCGGGGGGAGCCGCCGGCCACCAUGGGGAAAUCCAACAGCAAGUUGAAGCCCGAAGUUGUGGAGGAGCUGACCAGGAAAACCUACUUUACGGAGAAGGAGGUGCAGCAGUGGUACAAGGGCUUCAUCAAGGACUGCCCCAGCGGGCAGCUCGACGCCGCCGGCUUUCAGAAGAUCUACAAGCAGUUCUUCCCCUUCGGCGAUCCCACCAAAUUUGCCACCUUUGUUUUCAAUGUCUUCGACGAGAACAAAGACGGGAGGAUCGAGUUCUCGGAGUUCAUCCAGGCGCUGUCGGUCACCUCCAGGGGGACGCUGGACGAGAAGCUGAGGUGGGCGUUUAAGCUGUACGACUUGGACAACGACGGGUACAUCACGAGGAACGAGAUGCUGGACAUCGUGGACGCCAUUUACCAGAUGGUGGGCAACACGGUGGAGCUUCCCGAGGAGGAAAACACACCGGAGAAAAGGGUGGAUCGGAUUUUUGCCAUGAUGGACAAGAACGCGGACGGGAAGCUGACGCUGCAGGAGUUUCAGGAGGGCUCCAAGGCCGACCCCUCCAUCGUGCAAGCCCUCUCCCUCUACGACGGGCUCGUAUAGUCCUGGGGCCGAGUGGCGAUGCCUGGGGGAAGAUGCUCUCCGUGCCAUCCGACCACCGCAGCGCGAAGCUUGCCUGUCCCUCUCCGGCCUUCCUUUAUGUUCCGCGAGCAAAGGAUGCACCUGAAGCGCGAGCUCACUCCCCCUCUCUGCACUCCGAACCAGCCGUUGCCAUUCGCCAACUUCUGCUUUUUCCAAAAAAAAAAAAGAAAAAAAAACAACGCAAAAAGACCUCGGUCUGAGCGGCGGCGAGCGCCCAGGACUUCGGGGCCGGGGGAAUGGGUCGAGCGGCACCGAAGGCAGAGCCCCCCCCGGCCUCCUCGCCCCCUUUGCUCCUCUUCCCUACGUUUCGGGAUCGGACUGCGGAUGCGCCGGCGUGGUCCCCUCCUGGGAUCCGGCCGGCUGGAGACGGAGCCCAAAGGUAGCGGGGCGCCGGCACCCCGGGGUGCUGCUCGGGGAGCCGAGGCACGAACGGUGAUGGGGAACAGCCCUCGUGCCGCUGGCAGCCCAGCCCGGGUCCCUAGGGAUAAAUAUUGUUAUAGGAUUAUUUUAUUUUUUUGGUGAGACGGUAUCGUGCUUUUUUCUUUCCUUUUUUUUUUUUUUUUUUUUUUUUGGUGGAAAGAAGUGAGGCUUUUUUUUUUUUAUAUGCCUAUCUCGACGAUCGAUAUCUUUAUUUAUUCGUUGUAAAUGUUGCUGCCGUGUUUA